CAUCAUUAUUACAUACAUACAUACAUUUAUUAUGUUUAUAUACCGUUUCUAAGUAAUAAGGGGUUGUUACCAAUUUCCUUUUACAAAAUAAGAUUAAACAUCAAGAUUACAACAGUGUGCACAUUCUGCUUUUGUUUUCCUCCAUACAGAGCAUGCUCCGUAGUGAAAAACAAACUGUGAUUUAUGGUUGGAGGAGUGGGAUCGAGGGUCUUUCCCAGCUAAACUGAUAAAGCGUCUCAUUUUAGCAGCUCCAAUGGUGGGGCUAUUUCUUUUUUUUUCUCAUUUAGUGAAGCAAUCCCCUUAUCAUCGUCUCUCAGCAUGUGGAGAGAGUGCUUAUCUUCACGAGCCAGCAGAGUGAAGCCAGCUCCCUCAGGAAUGAUCCCCAGACAAAGACAACCCCGAGGGACAUCGACUCCAAGCCUCUCUGCCUCUGGACAGCCAUAUCCAGCACUGGCUAGCCACCGCCAGGAUCUCUCAGCGAGCAUGAGAAGACACAGCUGAGGGGACAUUUACUGCCGGACCCCUGGAUACUGAUGACCUGCGGAGGACGACUCUGCAACUGAGAUUUCUGCACAUUUCUACACACGUACAGCUCUACUCGGCACCAUGACCAGGAAGGUGUUCACCAACACGAGGGAGCGCUGGCGCCAGCACAACGUCAACACCGCCUUCGCGGAGCUCCGCAAGCUCAUCCCCACCCAUCCUCCGGAGAAGAAGCUGAGCAAGAACGAGAUCCUGCGUCUGGCCAUGCGCUACAUCAACUUCCUGGUGCAGCUGCUGGAGAGCCAGAGCGGUCAGCCGGCCAGCCACUCCCCCACCGCUCUGCUCACCUUUCUCAGAGGAAACAUGGAGCAGCUGCACUCCCCUCCGCACCCCUGGGCCCUGACCAGUGACACUGAAGUCCCUUCGCCUGGAUCCAGCUGCGACAGCUCCGAGGCCUGGUAGAAACCACACACACGCAAAAAAAAAAAAAAAAAACCCUCGAGUGGACCUUCGGACACUUUUCCUGGGGUUUAAAAAAAAACUGAUAUUGUCCUUCCUCGAGACUCAUUUUUGCCUCUGCAUUUGUCACCCGUGUGUGACACUUGUUUUAAUGCAAAAGAUGCAAUAUUGUGUUAUAUUUGUAGACUCCAACCGUGGCUCAAAAUGUGGUCGCAGCCUCCACGCUGAUCAGUGUUGAAAUAUGCUUUGCGGGUUCAAAUUAAUUUGUAUUCUGCAUGGAUGUGUGAUACAAUAUUCCCUUCAUGUCUUCAUGUUAAUAUUCCUUGUUGCCGGUCCACCUGGAACUAAUUUAGUUUGCAAUGACAGGGUGUUUUGCAGAUGAGGAAAAUGGAGGGGAUUAAGGAAUUUCUCAUUUCAAGCAAUAGAUUCAGCAUUUGAAUAGAUAAAGGCUCAGCCAAUUCUCCAGCCUGCAAUCGUCUCAA